AUGGCGUACCUUGCCCAAAAAUUCCUUCCGUGGGGUAUACCUGAAGAUCCAAGAAAACGAGACUAUCUCAGCACUGCCCCCCCUGAAAUCCUGUCCAAAAUCAUCCAAAUAUUACCCGUCAAGACUCUUGGACGCGUGGCUCAGCUUUCUCGAUUCUUCUACGGACUUGCUACUCCGGCUCUCUACAAGAAAGACGCCCGCAGCAGGUGGCCGCUAUCCAUACUCUGGGCUACAUUGUAUCCCGAUACUACAGAAGCUACUGAGAGGUUCAUCAAAAAACUGUUGGAUCUUGCCGUUACUUAUGGCGGGAAUGUGAAUCGGGUAUAUCAGCUGCGCAAUCCUGUGAACUUCACGCCUCUCCAUGUAGCUGCUGCCAAGGGGAACAGAGUAGCAGCUGAAAAGCUCCUACAACUGGGGGCUGAUCCAAAUGGCUUGGGUCAGCAUCUGUUCUACCUUCCACAGUUUUCAGCUGGCCGUAAGGAAUUCGAGUCGAGAAUGCCAAACAAUUCGAUAACCAUUGUUUCUCGUCACUCCAAGUGGCGCCCCCUAUUUAUUCCGUUUCUCAACGAGGAUAAGAAGAUGAUCCGCCUUCUUCUGAAGUAUGGUGCCUCGCCUAUACUUGCUGUUCCUAUUGAAGACACCACGGCAUCUGCACUUGUUCCAUGCACCAUUAAUGUUUUACAUAUUCUUUCAGCCCGUCAAAGAGAAGAUUUUACCAAUGAUGCCGGCCUAAAGCGAUAUUUCGAAAAGUACCCUGAGCUCAUCAAUGUUCCCAUGAUGGCAGGAUUGAACCCUUUAUUUUUCUCACUGGACUGUGGCAACGAAAUCGCUUUCAAAGAAAUCAUGGCCAACGGCGGCAACAUUGAGAAUGUGGACCAGACGGGAAGAACUCCGUUGAUGCAGGCCAUCAUACACUACUGCAGCAGUGAGGAUAAAGAGAUGAACGAGAGGUAUAAGGAAAUUAUCGAGCAUAUGAUUGAGACUUGCAACGCCAAAGUUGGUAACGUUAGCAACAUGGGCGUGCUGGAGACACCGUUGGUCUGUGCCAUCAAGGCAAUUCCCACGCCUCUCCUCGAGGGUCGGAAAUAUAUAAUCCACAACGUUGUGGAAUUGGUCAAAUUGCUUAUAGGCCAUGGGGCUGACGUUAAUGAGCUAUCAAACGCGGGAUUCACCCCGCUCCAUGUUCUUGGCGAAGUCAUUUGCAAAACUCAGCAAAAAGGAUUUCUAUCAGAACUCUUUGAGACACUCGUUGAGAAAGGUGCCGACCUCAAUAUCCCUUCACAUAAUUCGCAAUCUAUUCUGGGGACUUGCAUCAUCAAAUACAAGGGUUUGCCCACCAAAUUUUACACUCGUCUCCUCGAACUAGGUGCGUCGCUCGCAGCCCAGGAAGUCGACACCGUUUUCGCGGAGUGGGCAGAGUCCUCCAGUUUUCGUAAAACCUUCGAUAUUACCCUGUAUAAAGAUCAUGUUACUCAGCCUGCUAUCGAUGCUGCCUAUAGGAUCGCGUUCGCCGAAGAUGAUAAGCUGUUUAAACUGCUGAAGGAGGAUUUUCCAAAAACGACAAUUGCAGAAAGAGUGGCUUCCCAGGCUCUCCUUACUUUAGAAAAUUACUCCAAGCCGUUCGAUCUCGCUCUCUCAUUGGAGUGUUUCGACGGCAGCUACAUCCACAGCAACGGAAACAGCCUGUUGCAUUCAAUUGUGGACAGGUUGGAGAACUAUCCAAAGUACAAGGACAAGGAUGCCAGAGCUGAUACUUAUCAAGUGCUUCUCCGAGGCACGCCUUUUGUACUUAGACAUGAGGAUUCUCAGGGCAAAACUCCGUUGCAGAAGCUGUUCGAUCUUCGAACAGAAAGAGACUGUCCAUUUCUGAGGCUAUUCUUGCACGACGUGACAGCUAUUUGGGGGAAUGUGAAGAAGGAGGCCGAGCAGCAGGGUGGCGAUAAGAAGGUCUCACGGAAGCAGUGGAGGGAGGCUCUUGACAAUGCUCUGGAAUAG